AUGGCUACUCCUUCAACUAAAAGGAGCAAGAGCUGGUUUACACACUUCCAAUUUAAGGAUGGCGAGGACUCGACUACCGAAGUUCGAAACGUUCUCUUAAUAGUUGCUACAUUGAUUGCUGCAGUGACCUUUCAAGCUGGGAUUAACCCUCCCGGCGGGGUUUGGCAAGAUGAUGACCAUGGACACACACCAGGAAGUGCCAUUUAUGCCUCUAGAAAACAAGCAUACUAUGUUUUCUUGGUUUUUAACACUGUGGCACUUUCCACGUCGGUUCUGGUCAUUAUGUCUCUCACAUAUAGAUUCCCUUUCCAUUUAGAAAUAUUGAUUGCCACAGCUUCAAUGCUUGUGACUUAUGGAUCUGCCAUAUUUGCUGUCACUCCUCAUGAAUCUUAUAGAUUUAAGUACGUCCUGACUGCUGCUGCUUUGCCUUUUCUGCUACGAGGUUUGAUUCGAAUGUUCGACAUGUGUAAAAGUAAGAUUUACAAAUGUUCAGAAAACUUCUAG